UUAGUGUAUAUUAAAGUGACCAAAAUGAGUGCGCAGUACGCCCGUGACAACUGCAAAAUAGCCGUCGCUAAGAUAUUACAGACAAUAGGUUGGCAUUCUAUAAACUCGACGCCUCUGGAAGUUUUAACGGACAUUUUAGCACGUUACGUUCACCAAAUAAGUAAAACUACCAACAACUAUGCCAGUGAAUUUGGGCAAACCGAACCCAACUUGGACCAUUUGGGUUUGGCUUUUCACGAAAUGGGCAUCAAUCUGCAGGAACUGGAGGAGUAUGUUACUUACGUUAACUUUGCACCAGGUCCAGCGCCAGUACCCAAAUUUCCUAUACCGAAGGAAAAUAACUUGAAUUUCUUGAAGCCGGGUAGCAAAGAAGUUGUUACUAGGCCCGUGUACAUUCACGAACAUUUACCCCCAAUGUAUCCCCUGUUGGAAGGAACUGACAACGAAACGGAAACCGUAGCGGUGAAACAGGAGGUUGCGGAGGAAGAAACUACCGAUGGAGCACAGCAGUUUAAGAAACCGGCAGACGUAUCAUCUCCAGAAUUCAAAAGGCCCAAACGAGAAGAAGAGGGUAGCAGGCCUACUCGAGAAAUAAGUAGUGUGAUGAUGACUACUUCGGGAUUUCUCUCGCCAGCUCGAGAAGGAAAACUUCCCGAAGCUCGAACGCCUGCUCCCCCACCGAUUCCUGAACCCGCACCGCCCGUAACGACAAGUCCGCUCGAAUCCGGCAGAAAGAAAGUCGACAAGAAGAAGGAGAGACUGGGGAAAGAGUUGUUCAAGCCUAUCUCCGAAGAGAAAGUUCUCAAAAAGACUCCCACGAUGAAAGACGUUGUGAAGAUGAAGCAGAUGAAAGCUGCCGCUGCGGCUGCUGCGAAUAUGGCUGCUGCAAAUUCAACACCAAAUGUCAUCCCUGCCAACGUCAGUACAUCGAACGAGGUUAAGAUUUUGCCGAUUCCUCAACAUAAGCCGCCACAAAAACAAAACUUCAAUAAGGACCUUGCCGCAGCUAAAGCGAAAACGGAGAAGUUUAAUACGACAAUCACUCCAAUUCCGAUGAAGCCGAGAUCCCCACACCCGCCCCCGACACCUUUGAGCCAAGUCGAUAAGCUUUUCUCGGAACCCGACAAGAAAAAAGUGAAUAUAUUCAAGAAAAUAUCAAACGUUAAGGAAAAGCAUGAGAGCAAGGCGAAAAAGGACGUCCGUGCUAAUUUAUUAAUGAACGAAGCCUCACCAGUAGAUAUCGUGAACAAAAUUACCCACCUUUCCAGUGACAUUACCAUCGAACCCAUCAUGAAUCCAUUUCCGGUUAGUAGGAGCCCGGACAAACUCGACAGUUACUUCGACCACAACUCUCCUAUUGGAACUCCGUCUACACCGAAAACACCCGAAAUCAUCGCUCCAAGCCCGCCGCUUCCAAAAGAGAAACGGAAGCGUAAAGACGGAGGUCAGAAACGGAAAAGGGUUAAAAAGAACGUCAACUUGUUGGAGCCCGACAUCAUUGACAUCACAAUGGAGCGACCUAAGACACCCGAAGCACAUAUUGUACCCCAUAUGAGACAUCAACCCCCACCCAAUUUGCUGCCUCCUUCUAUACCUUACCCGCUUUUGAGAUACAGCGGCCCAGGAUUGAUACCAAACAAUUUAAAUGAAUCUUUACCGUUGUUUCCGUUCCCGUACUUAUCAAACAUACCGGACUUUGGAAUAAAUCCUUACUUCCCGUCUAUGCCACCGAACAUGCCCUCUCAAGCCAAAGCUCCGCCAACGCCAAAAGUAAAAGAACACGUAGAAAAACCCGUUGAAAUAAUACCACAACCGGCACCCGCUCCCCAGCCUAUUUCCGCGGAGGAACCCUCGCCAAGUAUUUCCACGCCCUCGGAAGUGAAGGAUAAGAAAACGAAAGACCACAAAAAGGAAAAGAAAGAGAAAAUAAAGAAGAAAAACAAAAAAGACAAGGUGAAAGAGAAAUCCGAGAAGAAAAAGUUAAAAGAACUAAAAAAAGACAGCAAAGAGAAGAUUAAGAAGGAGAAGAAAGAAAAGAAAGUAAAAGAGAAAGAGAUUCGGGAAGGCGAAAGCCCUAUACCAAAAAUACUACUAAAAGUAAACUCCCCGUCGCCGAGGCCUGAGACACCAGAAAGUACAAGAAAGCUCAACAUUAAACCCAUCAUUAAAAAAGACCAAGAACCGUCCCCGGAAGAGAAAAAGCGAGACGCUUCUCCUGUGGGCCUGGCGAAGAUAUCGGCUUUGGUUACGGGACCACCGAAGCCCAAAACAUCUAACCUGUCCCCGGUAACUCCAGUUGCCGCAGAAAGGCCUGUUACGGAGGAAACACCGCCCGUACCCGUUCCCAGGACUCCCGGCAGGCCCCGAUUGCAUCCCGUAAAACCAAAACCACCUCCAAAGCCAAAGAAAAUAGAGCAAACCUUCAAGAAAAUGGACGAGCAUGGUAAUGAGGUGUGGAUAUGUCCGGCUUGUAGCCAGCAGGAUGACGGCAGACCCAUGAUUGGUUGUGACGGGUGCGAUGCUUGGUACCAUUGGGUGUGUGUGGGAAUUCAAGUACCGCCCGACGAAAACGAGAAUUGGUACUGCAAGCCGUGUUUGUGUAGGAAGAACGAAGACCUCCAAAGUGACAAGAAGAGGAAGAGGAAAAAGCGGGAUAAAAAAGAACACUGAACGUUUUUGAAUAAGGUGAGGAUUUCUUGGUUGUUUCUUUAGUCUUAUUCGUUUUUUGUUUAGUUUUUUGUAAGAAAGAAACCCUUUUGGCAAUUUCUUAAGUGAAACGUGUAUGAGAAUGAAUUUUACCACCAAGAAGGAAGUUCAAUUGUUUAAAUAGUUUGUGUAAAUACAUGUUUAUUAGGGUGGCCCAAAAAAAAAAGAAUAUUUUUUUUUUCGUGUCUUGUGAAAAUAUGUCAGUUUAUCAUGUUUUA